AUGUCAGCCACAGAGCAGGACCGGGCAUUGGACAUCCUUUGUUACUACCUGGGAGGGCACAGCCAGCGCCUGGGGCAGCAGAAUGCUAUGGACACAAACAUCAGCAUGCAGAAGCUUCUGGAGUCCCUGUGCCUGGCACUGGAGCAGGCCAGGAAGAAGACCCUCCUCUUCCACCUCUUUGGGCUGAUCCUUUGUGAGUGCACAAGUGUGGCAGUGGUGAAGAGCCACCUCUCCUGCCUUCUGGAGCUGUCCCACCAGGACGCCAGCCAGCGGGAGGACAUCGCACUGGCUGUGGGCUUGGCAUCCACUACGCACCUGGAGGAGGUGUGGUCCCUGCUGGAACACCUGGGCAGCACCUGGUUCUUGAGGUGGAGGAACCUGUCCUCUGAAGGACAGGACAAUGUCCUUAAAGCCAGCUUCCUUUCAGCUGCUGUCCUGCUGACCAGCGUUCUCAGGUGCGACUAUGGUGUCCAGAGGUACAAGUUCACCCGGAUACCAGAGUUCAUCCAGUGCCUCCUGUGCAUCCUCCAGGAGGAGCCCAACUUCCUAGCCACCCUUUUCUGGCAGAAGAUCAUCUUGGUCAUUAUGGGGCUCAGCAAUCUGCAGCCCAGCCUCCAGCCCUGGGUCAAGUCCAGGGUCCUAGAAGCCUGCCUACAGAGUGUGUAUGUGCUGCCGCCUACAGAGGAGCUGCCCAGCAGCCUGCCUUCACUGGACCCAUCCCCUGACAUCGAUGUGCUAUACAAGAAGACAAUGCGCGCCCUCUACCUGCUCCUCCAGAGCUUCUUCUCCGAGAACCCCAGCAUGGAUGAGGUCUGCUUCCUCCUGCAGGUGAGGUGGGCUCCAGCCCCAGCCAAGCCUGCUCGCCCAUCUCAACACAUGGAACACUGGCUGCAGUCAGGUAAGAGCCAUGAGCGGCAGCGGGCUGUACAAUCCAUCCUCCUGCUUCUGCAGUAUGUGGUGGACACCCUGAAGUCAACAGAAGAGGCCAUGCCUUCUCCACUGGGCCUCCAGUUAGGCCUGCUGACCCUGCUGUGGUGGGACAAGGAUGCAGAGACCCAGAGCUCUGCCCUCCAGUGUGUCUAUCUACUCCUGCAGCUUUCCAUGCAGCAGAAGGGUGAGCUGCAGAAAAGGGGCAGAGGCAGGGAGCCCCCUCCCCAGGUGGGCCAGACCUAUAACUUUGAGUCUUGCACAGGGAUAAUGGUGGACCUGCGCCAGAGGAAGGCAAAGUGCUUCAAGGUCAGGGCCUCUGGAAAAGGGGAAUCGGAAGUCCAACACUUGGUGAAGGUGAGGCCUUCCAGAGCUGGGGGGACUGGGCCCCUCGCUCCCUUGCCCUGGGUACAGGCCUUCGACAAGGUCCUGAGUGUGGCACAGCACACACAGCUGGUGCUCACACUGGUGCACAGCCUCAGCAGCUGGAGUCUACUUCAGUCUCAGCUAGCCUGCAAGCUCCUCCUGAGGAUCUUUGAGGGCCCAGGCAUCAAGCUGGAGCAGGUAGGCUGGCACUCAGGCUCCCCUGGAUGGGCAUGGUGCCUGUCCUCAGUCUGGCCUGUGUCCCCCUGCACGAGAAGGGGAGUGGACGGCCAUACACCAAGGCUAUACGUACUAUCCACGUGUGUGCACCCACAGGCCGCACCUCCCACCAGAGACCACUGGGGCCUCUUUCGGCAGCCUCCUCCCAGCAACCCUUUCUCAGCUGCCUUUGCCCUUCUUCUGGGGGCAGGCUGGGUGAGUAACAGGUCCUGGGGAGGCCACCAGACCUCUGGCCCCUACUCCUGUCUCAACAGUGCCCUCCAGAUGCAGUUGCAGAGACGCACUGCCUCCCUGGCAGCCUGCCAGAGACUGAGUGAGGCAGUCCGGCUUGGCCAGUGUAAUGUAAUUCAAGAUGCACCCCACACUGAUGUCACACACUGCUGCCUGGCCCUACCAACUCAGUUGCUCCACACUUGCCCUUUGUGGAGGUGGCAUCCCACCUUCCCAGGGACCAACAGGCAGAGUGAGGGUGUGCAAAUUGGCAGAGCGGCACAAGCUCUGAGAGCCACUCAGAGGGGCCCCACCCAGGAUCUCAGAGGCCCCCUGCAGUCUACUCUCUGGGCCCGUCCUGUGCAGGUGGCCGAAGUCCUGCAUAGCCUCUUCCAGGAGCUGCCAAACAUCCACUUUAAGAAGGCCCAGCAGCCCAUGAUGAAAGCCAUGAUGGCUCUAGGGACCCAGCACACACUGGAGGUGGCCGAAGUGCUCCUGUCCCUGUGCCACCCCUCAGGGAGGCAGAUUCUAACCCUGUGGAUGGCCCUGGCUGCCAACUGCCAGCUGGCUCAAAAGGUCAUGAACCUGCUCUACAUGAAGCUCAAGCUCCGCCCCCCACUUAAGGUCACCCAGCCUACCCACCAGGUCCAGCUCAUCUCCCUUCUGGCCUUGGACACCAUUUAUGAGCUCCUCUACACCCAAGAGUACAGGGCUACAGUCCACUGGGCUUUUGCGGGGAUCCUUCUGGGCCUGCUCACACAGGUACACUACCUAUUUGAGCUGAACAUGGUCGAGGGCUUCUUGGACUACCAGGAAGACAUCCUGGACUCCAAGCCCCUUGGCUCCUGCAGGACCUGCCUAGAAGCACUGAAGGGCCUCUUCUGGACCACUCAGUACUGGGAGGUGUUCACCCACGUCAAGCUGCUCAGGGGCUGGGAGCUCUUUGAACACCUGGAGACCUAAACAGAGGGAGUGACCCUCCCGGCCAGGGCCAUGGCCCUUUAUGGCUGUGAGGUUAAGGCUGUCUUGGGGCAGCCCAUCAUCUCCCUGAAGAGCACUGAGAUGCGAGACAACAUAGUGGCCACCCUCAUCAUUGGAGAGUUUCUCAACAGCUCAGAGGUCUCUAAGCACGUGGCCCAGAAGACCAUGAACAAUCUUCUGAGCCUGGGCCUGAAGAGCCCCAACUGGCUGGUGCGGGCCAUGAGCCUGAAGGGCCUCAGGAGCAUCCUGAUGAACCCCAAGAAGGUUGCCCUGCUCCAUGGCAGGCUCAGGGAUCUGCUGGACAGCCUACGGCAGCCGGAGCCCCAGGACCCCCUGGGCCUGAUAGUGAUCCUGGGAGACAUCCUGCACCGCCUGGUCACAAAGAGAAGGAAACUUGCUACUGUCACAGAGCCAGAAAGGGACAGAUCUAGCACCAAGGUCUGCCUGAGGACCUAUAGAGCAACCAAACAGAGCAAAUGCAGAAGGCUGCUCAAGACUGAAGGGGGUGUGGAGAGGGCAGAGGUUCGUGGAAGUGCCAUCUUCUUGUUUGGAGAUGUCAUCUACAGCCGUGGCAGGAAGUUCCAGCAGCCGCUCAAGAAUUUGGCCUUCCAGGCCCUGGUCCCUCUGCUCUUCCACUUAGCCGACCCCUGCCAGGAGGUGGUUAUGGGGACCAAGUUCACCUUCUUUCGUUGCACCAUCUUGCUAAAGCGGGAGUUCCAGAAGGAGCUAUUCAGCCAGUUGACAUGGGGCUGAGGGCUGGAGGCUGAGUAUGACAUUUUUGUCUACAUGGUGGAGAGCAACAUUGGCAGCCACCACUGGUUUCUCAUGCAAGCCCUGACCUACCUGGGCAGCCCCCAUAGGAACCUGAAGCUGGCAGCUAUGAAGUUCAUUGGGGGCAUGCUGCAGGACUACUUUCUGGACCUCUGCUUCCGCCUGAAGAAGAGUGAUGCAAAAACCCUCAAGAAAUGUGAGCUGGGCCAGUGGCCAGAAGGGUGGCCUCUUCCCAAUACUCCCAGGGUACCUCUGGCUGAGGGUGAGGCCUCCCUUCCACACUGGGAUCUGAGGACAGGCUGUGUCCCCUGAGGGUGCCCCAGGCUCCAUGGCCAUGCAGUCGGACCAUGCUCUCCCCUGCAGAUUUCAAUGCCCUCCAGGAGGAUCCAGAUGACCUGUGCCGCAGGUUCUACCUGAGCUUCUCAGAAGACAUCAUGGAGCUGUCCCGCUAUGUGGCCUAGAGCAGGGUUCAGCAGCCACUCAGCCUGUCCCUUCCCUGUCUUUGUUGAGUUCUAUUUUAAUUAAAUGCUGCCAGAAUGCA